GCCGCGGUGCUGAAGGCGCAGGGCAGGAGCUGUCCACACCCGCGGUGCUGAACUCCAGCGGUCCGGGAGCUGUCCACACCUGCGGUGCUGAACCCCGCGAUCCGGGAGCUGUCCUCACCCGCGGUCCUGAACCCCGCGGUCCGGGAGCUGUCCACACCCGCGGUGCUGAACUCCCCACGGUCCGAGAGCUGUCCACACCCGCGGUCCUGAACCCCGCGGUCCGGGAGCUGUCCACACCCGCGGUGCUGAACUCCCCACGGUCCGAGAGCUGUCCACGCCCGCGGUCCUGAACCCCGCGGUCCGGGAGCUGUCCACACCCGCGGUGCUGAACUCCCCACGGUCCGGGAGCUGUCCACACCCGCGGUCCUGAAUUACCCGCGGUCCUGAAUUCCCCACGGUCCGGGAGCUGUCCUCACCCGCGGUGCUGAAAGCGCGGGGCCCCUUGGCGGCCGCCGGCAGGUGCUCCCGAGUGUCCCCGGGGCGCAGAGUCCCAGCGUCCACACCCGGACGGCCACUGGCGGAGAAUCUAGAAAUGGCAAAACCUUAUGUGAAAUCGAAGGAGAUAACAGAGUUGGUCAACACACCAUCCUGGAUGGACAAAGGUCUGGGCUCUCAGAACGAGAUGAAGGAGGAGGAGAGAAGACCAGCUGCUUAUGGGAUGCUUGGCAGCUUAGCUGAAGAGCAUGACAGUAUUGAGGAGGAAGAAGAGGAGGAAGAGGAUGGGGAGAAGCCUAAGAGACGGGGUCCUAAGAAAAAGAAGAUGACAAAAGCUCGCCUUGAGAGAUUCAGGGCUCGAAGAGUCAAGGCCAAUGCUAGAGAACGGACCCGGAUGCAUGGCCUGAAUGAUGCCCUGGACAACCUGAGGAGAGUCAUGCCAUGUUACUCAAAGACCCAAAAGCUCUCCAAGAUAGAGACUCUUAGACUGGCCAGGAACUAUAUUUGGGCUUUGUCUGAGGUUCUGGAGACUGGGCAGACACCUGAAGGGAAGGGUUUUGUGGAGAUGCUCUGCAAAGGGCUCUCUCAGCCUACAAGCAAUCUGGUGGCUGGAUGCCUCCAGCUGGGCCCUCAGUCUGUCCUCCUGGAGAAGCAUGAGGAGAAAUCCCCUAUUUGUGACUCUGCCAUCUCUGUCCAUAACUUCAACUACCAGUCUCCUGGGCUCCCCAGUCCUCCUUAUGGCCAUAUGGAAACACACCUUAUUAAUCUCAAACCCCCAGUAUUCAAGAGUUUGGGAGAAUCAUCCUUUGGGAGCCAUCCACCUGACUGCAGUACACCACCUUAUGAAGGCCCACUCACUCCCCCUUUGAGCAUCAGUGGGAACUUCUCCUUGAAGCAAGAUGGAUCUCCUGACCUGGAUAAGUCCUACAGCUUCAUGCCACAUUACUCCUCUGCAAAUCUAAGCUCAGGGCAUGUGCAUUCAACUCCCUUUCAGGCUGGUGCCCCUCGCUAUGAUGUUCCCAUAGAUAUGUCCUAUGAUUCCUACCCCCACCAUGGCAUUGGGGCUCAACUGAAUACAAUCUUUACUGAUUAGGGCAAAAAGAUAAGCAUUGCAGAGAAUAAUGUGAAGAUGUUUCCCAUGAUUUAAAUCGUUGAGCUGAAGACUCAAUGACCUUAAUGGAACCCUAUAGAUAUAUAUCAAACACGGUAGUCCCAACCCAGUUGGGCCCUCCUGCACCUGCCACCCUCUUUUCUCAUCAGCUUCUCAUAGUGUAUUGAUUUCUUUAGUUAGGGUCCUUAAGUGAAAUUACUGGAUUGUUUACAAUCUUGUAGGAAUAAAACAGAGGCCGUGGGCCCAAUUCUAAUGAUGCCAAAAACUCAUUGAAUGAUCCAGGCCAAUUAAUUUUCCAUCUCUGGCUUCUCUUUAUUUACUGGUAAAAUUGGGAAAUUGUUUUAAGUCUAGAUGAUUUUUAAGGUCCUUCACAGCUAUGAAAUUCAAUAACUUUGAUGAUCAUGCCUAUAAACUUCUUGAAACUGAAAAGAUUGAAGAAUAAUAGGAAAUGGACAAUAUAUGUGGAAUGAUUAGAUGGAGUUGCCAAAGGAGCACAAGAUGCAUUUCUCUUGGGUAUUUGAUAGGACUUCUUUGCAUCUGACUAAAAAUAGCCUCCAAGGACUAAAAUCCUAACUUGGCUUUCACUGUGACUAGCUCAUCUCUUAAAGAGAUGAGCUCUUUUAUUGUUGGCUGAAAGCUGAACAUCCCUUCCUUAGUAAUAUCAGAACCAUAAUAGAGAUCUCCUACCAAUUUGAUCCUUGAUAAUAUUUCAUAAACACUUCCUCAGUAGAAGAGGUGGGGCAAGAAAGUCACCGUAACCUCAGACUUCUAUGAUCAGUGGGAUUUCGAGAAGUCAUCUAGACCAUUUCAUAGCCUCAAUAACCCAGGGGCUCUGGAAAUUCUGAAGAAACUCAGGUGCUGCUACUGGAAUCAGCAAACAACCAGGGCCAUAUUCAAGAGCAAUAAAAUGGCUGUUGGCUACACUGACUAACCAUAGUCUGGGGCCUCCUUCUACCUUAUAACCUGCCCACAGGAAAACUAAGUUUUCUUUAGCAAGAUAAAUUUCAUUUGUUACAAAAAACAUGGUUAGAACAGCUGACCUCUGUCCACAACAAUUUCUAUUAUAUUUUCUAGAAGGAUUAGCACCAAUGAGUUUAUUGAUCAAACUUGAUUUUUUUCCAAUGCAUAUAUAUUCCUUAUCUCCUCCCCCACCAAUUGUUACCUCUUUCUCACUUCUAAAACAUAAUAUAUUAUUACAUUUUGUAGAUAACAUCCCAAGUGAGCAGACUUAGGGAUGCAGAAAUCAAAUCCAAGGCCAGUGAAUGCUUUUACCAAUCUGUGUUUUCAUCACAGGUUUAUCCUGAUUUGCAGGAUAUUUAUUUUUUCUUCACAUUACUCUUCUUUCCUUUAAAAUAUCAACACUAAUUUUGUCAAAAUUUUUUUCCAGAGAAAUGUGAUCUGAGAAAUGCCACUGGUCUGUUCAAUAUGCCAGGGCAAUUAUUUAAAACAAACUAAAAGCCUAAAUGGUUUACAUGAUAGUGGGCUGCAUCCUGCUCCUGCCAGAGAGGACAAGUUUAGGAUGUAGGGUACACAAAUAGGGCCAAUGAAUAAAAUUGAUAAGGCAAGUUAGUAUGUUGUUUUCUACAGCUCAGCUAUCCCCUAAAACCUGCCAAACUAUCUGUAUAUCUUGACUUUUUCACCCUCUUAUUAUCUCCUUACAGUCUAAACUGCUCUCUUUCCAUUUUGCUUGCAGUACUGACCCUACUGUAUUUUGCACCCUUGGUUUGUAAAUCCCCUUGAAAGACCCUUGCAGAGAGAUCUUAAAUCCCACCAGCCACCAAAGUGGUUCCCCUCACCACACUGCUCUAAGAGGGAAAAGGCGAGUAAAAUGUUUACAAAGCCAUCCUUUCUGAGGGUAUCCUGGCACUUACUUUUGUGAGACACUGGGGGGAUCUAGCAUUUUAUGGCAUUUAAGUUUGUAGAUAAUGAAUGUUGUUGGAGCUAUUUAUUAGAUAUUAUUUAUUUAAUUUAUUUCCCCCUUCCUUUCAUGCAAACUUCUUGGGGUCCAUACAUGUGCUUGUAAACCCUCCCGAAGUCUUCGUUUGGAAAGUAGCUCAUAAUUUUUCUAGGAAUUCCUGAGUUUGGGGUGAGGCGAAAGGAGAGACUGAGUGCAGAAUUACCUGUAAUGAUUUUAUAAAAGCAAUAAUUUGAAUGGCUAUGCAAGUUAAAAUUUUCAGAUUCCUUCCCCUCUUCAUUCUAAGAUGAGCCAGUUAUUUUUUGGGAAUCUGUUGUUUAUGCUUUUGAGGAAUAUGGUACCCAUGAUCCAGGCCCUUCUGGGGAUUGUUCAGAGAGACUUUCUAUUUGAAUUGAAAUUUGGGAGAAUGAUUGGAAAGAGCCUACGCUCUCACCCAAGGUGGUUUCAUUCUUCUCGGAACUUUAUUAAAUACAAGAAAAAGAAAGCAAUUGUUUAAACUUUUUUUUGUAAACAAACAAACAAAAAAACA